CUCACAAUGACUUCUCCAAAGUAUCCCACUCGUCAGCUCGGGGCUAAUGGUCCAUACGUCAGCGCUAUUGGUCUUGGCGCCAUGGGAAUUGGGGCAUACUAUGGCGAGACCGACUAUGAUGAAACGUUCAAGAUGCUUACAUACGCCUGCGACAAUGGCGUCACUUUCUGGGAUACUGCAGAUAUCUAUGGCUCGAGUGAAGAGACCCUGGGAAAAUGGUUUGCAUCCACUGGGCGUCGCUCAGAAAUAUUCCUCGCCUCAAAGUUCGGCGCUUCAGGUAUGCGAGAUGAGUCUGAGCGUCCGGAGGCUCCCAACGAAAACGGCAUCCCGCCUCCUAAUUCCAAACCCUCCUACAUCCUUCGUCAACUCCAACGUUCUCUCAGUCUCCUCCAGACAGAUCAUAUCGACCUUUACUACCAACACCGUCCCGAUCCCCAUGUCCCGGUCGAAGUGGUCCUUGAGACCUUGCGUCCGGCCUUUGAGGAUGGGAGGAUCAGGUGGUUUGGGAUAAGCGAAUGUAGUGUGGAUGUUGUGAGACGGGCGAAGGCGGUGAAGGGACUUGGAGAGAAGUUUAUUUGUGUGCAGAUGGAGUAUGGACCGUUCGAGCUUGUGCAUGAGAGGAGCGGCCUGCUUGCAGAGGUUGAAAAGCUGGGCGUGGGUGUGGUCGCGUAUAGCCCUCUUGGCCGUGGGCUCAUCACUGGGAAGUUCCGCUCUCGCGCCGAUUUCGAAAAAGGGGACCUCCGACUUCUCCUCCCCCGUUUCGAUGAAGCGAACUUCCCAGCCAACGUCAGGCUUGCCGACCAAAUGAAGAACUUGGCCACAAAGUACAACGCUACAUCUGCCCAGCUGGCCCUUGCAUGGAUUCUUGCGGAACAUCCUGGUUACAUACCCAUUCCUGGCAGCCGCACCAUUGAGCGUCUACGCGAGAACAUGGAGAGCGCAAACCUUGCGACGAAGUUGUCUCCUGAGGAUAUUCGAGAGAUCAGGGACUGGGUGGACAAGGCCGAUGUGCAGGGCAGCAGAUACCCCUCCUUUUUCCAGAGGUCCAACGAAUGUGGCAAGCUAGAAGACUGGAGGGGUGAGUGAUUUGUGGAGACGGCAGACCGAAUUCCAAUGCUGCUGGUGUGCUUUGUAUCUCGUGGCCAGGUGUCCAAACUUUCCUACCGAUAAAACGAAUGCCUUUGUGGCCAGUUAGGACGUCAAGUCGUCCUUCCGAUGACCCUCGCCGAUAAAGUCAUAUUCCUUGGUCGUGGUGGUAGAGUGACAGGAAUGCUGAGGGGUGC